CUCCGGUUUGUUUAAGGAUUGCGCGUUGAAAGGAAUUGAACUAUGGACAUGAUCAGCAGACAGAACAAAAAUGACGCAAUCCUCUAAUCUCUCUAGUUCGCAUACUAAAUAAAAAACGUUCCUGUCUUCCAUAGACUCGCCUAUUUCGACUGCUGUUCUCUACUCGCGCACCGAUGUUUCGCUCGAGUCAUAAACUGUUUACCUCAUCCACCUCAGCGGUGCCUAGGAAUAACGUAAUGAGAUGGUCUCAUACAGAGGUGAAGAUACCUGUACCUUGGGGCCACAUUGCAGGAAAGUGGUGGAAUAAAGAUGGACAGAGACCUAUUCUUGCAGUUCAUGGCUGGCAAGACAAUGCUAAUUCAUUUGACCGUGUUGUGCCUCUGAUGUCCUCUAAGAUACCUGUGUUAGCGGUAGACCUACCAGGCCAUGGGCAUUCUUCUUAUUUUCCUGAGGGAUUUCCAUAUCAUCGCAUGACAGCUGUCAUGGCCAUGAAACUAACUGUGGAACACUUUGGCUGGCAGAAAGUUUCAUUGAUGGGACAUUCCUUAGGGGGACAGACGUGUUUGCUAUAUUCAACCAUAUUCCCUGAGCAAGUUGAUUCUUUAGCAAUGUUAGACAUUUUAGCACCCAUACCUCUAAAUGCAUCAAGAUUUGUGCAAAGUGGAGGUAAGGGUAUUGAUGAAUUUCUGAAGUGGGAUAUGCAGAAACAUGAUACUGCUCCAACCCACACUUAUGAAGAACUUGUUGAUAUGAUUAAAAAAUCACCUAUUUCUCCUGUAUCUGAAGUAGCUGCGAAGGUAUUAGUAGAGAGAGGUGCUAUGAAAUGUGAUAAUGGCAAGUUCCGGUGGACAAGAGACCCAAAAUUAAAAGGACUUCCGUUAGCUGGGUGGGCUGAGCGCGACAUUUUCAAGUUUUGUGAAGAGAUAAAAACCAAUGUCUUAUGUAUAAAAGCAGAGUCAUCUUCAUAUUUUACAAAAAAAGAAUUCUUUGAUGAAUGCUGGUCUAUUAUAAAAAGAGUUGCUAAGACAUCUGAUUUAAGGUAUACAUGCGGAGGUCAUGAUUUUCACCUCGAGCACCCUGAAAUUGUAGCUCCGAUCUUGGAUGAUUUCUUCACAAAAUACUAUGACAAGUAAUACUUUCGUGACUAGGGAACAAAGCUAUGAUGUACAAAUUUUGAAUUUUUACAAUCUUUAUUACAUAAAAUUGGGUAAAAAAUUUAAUAAAGAAAGACUCCUCAGUAUUUUUCAAGCAACAUUGUGAGAAGAUUACUUAUUUAUUUUAUGUAAAAAAAAUAGUAUUAUAAUUGUAAGUUACAACUUAAAAAUAUAACUAGAAAAUAAAUGGAAAAGACAUUGGA